GUAGGGAUUACAAGGAGAAGGUAGGACUUGGUAAUGUGGUUUGGAUACUAGGUGGAAAGUGGCAAUUCUUUACUUUUUUUCUUCCUCUGGAAGAAAAUAGAGACUGUACUCAGAGACUGUACUCAGAGAAACAGAGCAAAGGCAAGAAUGGCUCUAACAGCAUGAGUCAGAAGAGGAAAGAAAGGAAAAGGUAUCACCAAAUAAACAGGGUGGACCAAUGCCCAAGAACCUGGCUCUCAUCAGAACCUGGCUCUCAUCAGAAACGCACAGGCAAAGGGUGAGAAACAACAGGCAAAAUCUGCAGCGAGGCAAGUUCUGAUCAUUUACCAGGAAAAAUGUUUCCCAGAGUGCAUGAAUAAGCACUGAAGCUGGUCGCUGGGAGACUUUCAGACCCUGCCUGGAAAAAGCUCUGAGCGACCUGACCUCGCUGUGCAUCAGCUUUACUGGGAGGUUGGACUGGAGACCUCUGGGAGUCCCUUCCAACCUCAGUGGUUCUCUGAUUCUGGAUGAAAAAUGCACCAAGGGGGGAUUUUUAAAUUUUUUACCCUCCUCUUGUCAUGCUAGGAGACUUGAAGCAGCGUUCAGAGAACAAGCUCUCUCCUGGGGCCGCAGAAACCCUAACAUGCAGUUUUUGUUCUCAACAAAGCGAAGAGUUUUCUUCUGCCCCUCCAAAACGGUGACCUUUCCCUGCUGGACUUCAGGCAGCACAGUCGUCCUCAGGGCUUCUCCACGCUGCUUGCAGAGUCAGCCCCUUGUCAGAAAGGUUGCCAAAUCCCGCAUGGCGAGGCAAUCUCAGGCAACGAGGAAGGAUUGUGUUUCAAAACUCCAAUUCCCAUGAACUUGCAAAAACAAGCCAUUUCCCUGGUGGCCUUCUCUGUGUGGUGUGGCUGCUGCUCGUGCUGGAUAGGAUCCAGGGUAGUUUUUUCAAGCUGAGAGCAGACUUUGUUUGCCUAAAGCCAACGAUACAACACUGUAGCAUUCCUCCCUUUUUAACGACAAAGACCGUGGCUUUGGGAAAAAACUGCUUUUCUGCAUCUGAAGGAGUACUGAUGGGAGCACAGAUAUUUCAGCUGUUCUCGGUUUAGUUGAUGCCUUACCCAUUUUGUCGCGACAUCUGCGUUGCACAAACGUUACUUGCAGCUGCUUGUGCCACGCAAAGAUGCUGAUUGCUGUAGAAUUUGUGUAGUGUUAUUAGGGGGGAAAUAAGGCCGGAAAUUUUGUGGUAUUUGGUUUGUCCAGAGUGGGUAAAGGAUGAGUUAGUCAUCACAUCCUUCCUUCCUAGGUCCAUUUCAGCAUUUAACAGCCCCAAAUCGUGCACUAUUACUCUUACAGUGUUGCUAUUCAGAAUGAGUUCUGCCUACCUACAGCACCGUAACCAAUUACACACACCACCUCAGACAUACAUGUAUUAUUAAAUUUAAAUAAUUCUUUGCUGUGGUCAAUAUGCUACAGGUUAGUGUUGGUAAGGUAGCCAUAGUACACUCAAAGGUUUUCUUACAGGUCUUCUCCCAGGCUUGUGCUUGUGAGUCGUGGUGCCCUGCACAUCCCUUGGCAAUAAUCCUGUUAAAACUCCUUUUAGUAUUCCAUGUUAAACUGGAUUUUGCUUUUGAGCUUUUUAAAUUAACGUCAUGCCAUGACAUUUUGAGUGCAUCAUUGAAUUAAUUUUGUAUCAGGUACCUGUCGCCAGCCAUUUCUCUCUAAUAGAAAUAGCAAAAUCAGGAGCAGUUUUAUCAUUGCUGUGACAAGAUUGGGCCCUCUGUUGGUUGCUGAUGAAGAAGCACAGGUUUUACCAGAGUAGAUGAUCCCAGAUGAUCCCUGGGCUGCAGGUCAUGUGUUAAAUACAGAUUCAAUUCUAAAAAAUAUAUAAAAAGUAAAAUAAUGACUGAUUCAUCCCCCUAAAGUUUGUUUUUAUGACAGCAAUGAGAUAGUUAACUGAUGGAAAUGGGACUUGAGCCUUCUUGUGGCUGUGUUUGCUGCAGCUCUUGAAAUGUUGCUUAUAAAUAAAAGGACCAAAACUGAUAAGAAUGAAGGCAGUUUAAGUCACAUCGUUUCAUGGCAUCUGGCAAAAAAAAUAAUUGUAGCACAUAUUUGAUAUAUAUGAUGGAGGUUGCAACACUUCGUUAGCUUUUUGAUCAUUGACAGUGACUAUUAGGAAUAAAGUCCAGCAAAAGUGCUCUUAAAUUAGGGCUGUAUGGGGAAAAUGUGUUCAUCUCCAUGCAACCUUGUGUUUUUGUUGGCCAGACAAGAAAAAAGAAGCUGCUUGUUGAAGGGUCAGCACUUCCUCUAGGUUCCCACACCACGUACGAGCAAACACUGGCAUUGCUUUCUCUUCCAAAACGUAAGGCUGCAUUUCAAUAUUUCAGAUAUUCCUGCUUUGAACCUCCCAGUAAAUGUUUCCUUUUCAAUGCCACGGGCAAAAUUGAGUGAAAAGGUUCUUUGAAAGUGAAGUAAGUUUAUCAACUACACAAACUUCAAUAGUAGACGUUUUUCAUCAGACGUAGCCAAGAAGACGACUUAGGUUUGUUUGUUCUACCUCGAGGUUUGCUAGGGAAGUCGUACGAGUAGAAAUGCCUCUCUGCUGCUAAAAAUACGUGCCGUUUGGGAAAAUAUGCCUAGAUGUGACUUCCCUGACCUCUGCGAUUUCUAAUAAACCGUUGAGAGUCCUCGAGCAGCUGCACCGAGAAGAGGUCAAAAAUAUCUCUUGGCACACUUGUGCUCCGUCUAUGGAUCGGUCUUCCCUUUGUAAAAACAAAGACGUUUCUGUGAGUCAUUUAUAUUCCUUGUGUUUUUUUUCGAGUGAUGCUUCUCCGAGGCAUUUCUAUUUUAUAUUCUUUUCUUGUAUGUAGCAGUCAAGGGCAUCUGGUACAAAUUCUGCUGUAGCUCAUCAGCCGUUGACCAGGCUACUCGCUGGGCUGGGAGGGAAAGGUCCUCGUGAUGACACAGGCGAAGGAAUAGCAGGAUGAAUUAGAGCCGUAAGGCAAAAAGCUGAGCCUGUGUUAUGAAAAACAAAUCAUUUCAGUCGGAAUUUGUCAUUUCCAGUGACACGAUUGAGGUUAAUGGUACGGUAUUAAAUACCGGGACGCCACAGAUAAAAUGGCUUUGACAGCAAGGCAGAUAGGUAGCAGUGUUUCAUUCCUUUUUAUGGAAAAACAGGACUGGGCUGUGACAAAUUAUACCCGUGGCCCCAAAUUGUCAAUAAGCCAUCUCUAAAUUUAGUCAGCUGCUUUUAGCUGACUUUUGUUCCAUUCCUUGUGCUUGCAUUAGAGCAACUGCCAUAUCAACAAAAAAAGAAAUAAAAAUGCACAUUUUAUUCAUACGUGUAGGUGGUUUUUUGUUUUGUUGGCAUUUUUUGGUUAAGUUUUGAGGUAUUUCUUCAAAGAUUGUAAUUGUGGUUCGUGGCUCCAGAUGCGUCCCAACUGAUUUCUCACGAUACAUAAAAACUCGUGCUGAAUAUCCAAAGUCUGACCAAGCCUUAAAACGGGGCUUUUUUUCUAAUUCUUCGUGAGUUAUAGUAAGAAAUACUUUUUUUCCUUCCUCUGUAGGAAGAGAGAGGUGGUAAAGCAGAAGGAUUUUCUUUUUAGUCGCCUGUGUGGGGCUGUAGCUGUUUGUCUGCAAUAGAUCUAUCAGAAUGACUGCUGCAAAUAACUUGGUCUGAUUUUGUUUUUGUUCCACAUUCUUGUGUUCCUUCGGCAGUGAUGGAUUGAGAUUGCUGCAAUACUCAGAAACUCGGGUAGGCUGCAGUUGAGAUGAGCUGACUUUCCUGCUUUUAAGAAGUGGCAUGAAUUUUUUUGGCUGAGGGAGGAAAGGCAAAGCUCUAGCCUCCGACCAAGCAGGAAUUUAUUCUUGAAACAAGCAGCGAAGUUCCAAGAUGAGAAUAGAUUGCUGGAGUUGAUCUCAUCCCUUGCAUGAGUAAUUCUGGGUGGUUAUUUAGUCGUCUGAGCAGGAGAUUAUAAACUCAGGACCGAGCUUUGUUUCUAGAAACUGGAGUGCUCAAGGAGCUGGGGUAGCUCCUUCUCGGGAUUAUCUUUACUCUGGGGAGAUCAACGUGUCAAUAAUCUGCCCUGCUCAGAUCUUGAGACUGUCCCGUGCAGCGUGCAGCUCCCUCGUCCAAAGCUUCAUUCUGAGCAGUUCUGAAAUGGCAAAUAUCCAACAUUAAUAAUCCACAUAGCAGAACUGGGAGGAGGCUGCUGUGGGGGCAGCAGUAUCACGUUGAACUUCAAACGGGCUUUUUAAUAGUCAGAACAGUGUACAAUACUGGAGGAAGAGAAGCUGCAGCAAGAAGAACGAAUGAGAAUGGAAUCCAGGCGACAAGUCACGGUGUCCUGGGACUCAGGAGGAUCGGAUGAGGCUCCUCCCAAGCCCAGCAGGCCUGGUUACCCCAGCCCAAGAUCCAGUGAAGGGUUUUAUCCGAGUCCACAGCAUAUGGUACAGCCAAAUCACUACCAGGUAUCUGGCUACCCUGGUUCUCACGGGAUACCAGCUAUGGCAGGCAGCAUCUAUCCAGGGCAGGCUUCUCUCUUGGAUCAAACAGAUUCCUGGAACCAUCGACCUCAGGAAAUAUCAGUGUGGCAACCAAACAUGGAGGAUUCAGGCACUUUGGACAUACGAGGAAUGGGGCAGGUUCUACCCACACAUCUCAUGGAGGAGAGGUUGAUACGACAACAACAGGAGAUGGAAGAAGAUCAACGCUGGCUUGAAAAGGAGGAACGAUUCCUGAAACCCGACGUGCGGCUCUCCCGGGGCAGCAUCGACCGCGAGGACGGAGGUCUCCAGGGCCCUGCUGGUAACCAGCACAUCUAUCAGCCUGUGGGGAAACCAGAUCACACAGCGCCGCCAAAGAAACCUCCCCGGCCCGGAGCCCCCGGCCACUUGGGCAGCCUGGCAAGCCUCAACAGCCCCGUGGACAGCUACAACGAAGGCGUGAAGCCAUGGAGGCUUCAGCCGCAGGAAAUCAGCCCUCCUCCCACGGCCAACCUGGACCGCUCCAACGACAAAGUCUACGAGAACGUAACGGGGCUGGUGAAAGCCGUCAUCGAGAUGUCCAGCAAAAUCCAGCCAGCCCCGCCGGAGGAGUACGUGCCCAUGGUAAAGGAGGUGGGCUUGGCGCUGAGAACCUUGCUGGCAACGGUGGAUGAGACCCUGCCGGUGCUUCCUGCCAGCACCCACAGAGAGAUCGAGAUGGCGCAGAAGCUGCUCAACUCUGAUUUGGCCGAGCUCAUUAACAAGAUGAAGCUGGCCCAGCAGUACGUCAUGACCAGCCUGCAGCAGGAGUACAAGAAGCAGAUGCUGACGGCCGCUCACGCUCUGGCCGUGGACGCCAAAAACUUGCUGGAUGUCAUCGACCAAGCCCGACUGAAAAUGAUCAGCCAGUCCAGGCCGCACUAGGAGCACCGAGGGAAGAGUUUCAGCAGGCUGAAGGAAUUCUGCUCGCCACAGGCUGACCUUCCACCAGCAGCGAGGAUUCACCCAGCGCAGUCCUGGCUUUCCAGUGACUCUUGCUUCAGCUGCCUGGCAGCCGGCGCUUCUCUCCCGCGACAAAAAAAAAAAGUUGAACCCAGUUUUUUUUUAAAAGCCGAGCUGGUCUGGGAUUGAAGCAGCGGUGUGGGCAGCAGCCGAAGUCUGUACAGAAGGCCCUGGGGGAGCGAGGUUGGGUUUUGCUCCCGUCGCGUCAGCCGCGCUUCGCCUCAAGCUGCCGCAGGGUCUCGGAGCCAGAACUGUUCGAGCAGCAGAGCGGGGAAAAAAAGAGAUCGUGAAUAAGAAGAAUUCUGGGAAACCUCAGGGCUGAGAAUUCUUGCCCGCAGUGUAUGAACUAUCCAGACUGGAAGUUUUUUUGUUUUUUUUUUUUUUAUUAGAACACUUAACGUCGCAAUAUGCUAAUCACAAUUUACAGAGAAAGAAAAUAAAAAGCUAUAUUUUCAAGACGUCGGUUGUUUCCGGACAGACUAAAAGCCCUCUUCAUCUUCCUGCCUUUUACUUUUACGUGCCCGUGUGAUGCGUUUGGUUGGAGCUAGCUGUAGGACACAACUGAAAACUCGUCUCUUUCACCCGAAUUAACGUGCCAGUUCUUUUUGUAGCAACGUCGUUUUCCUUGGAAGCAAAAAAUGCUGCUUUGUACCAGAGCAACUCAGAGCGGCGUUUCGAGGAGCCCUGUAACCAUUCAUGCCCCCCGUUUUUAUAUAAUUUAUAAAGACAGAUUAAAGCCAUGUUGAAUAUUUUAAACCCACUGUAGCUAACUAACCCAUCCUUUUGUCUAUCUUGCCUGGGAGGAGUUACCGUAGAGCAGCGUGAGUAGAUUUUCCUUGGUUUUUCCAGUUAUGCCAUCAGUUCUGUUAAAAUAAAAACCACACUCCCUUUUUGCUGUUGAGGGAUAUAAAUUAUUCUCAGGAAGAAUAUAAUGAACUGUACAGUUACUUUGACCUAUUAAAAAGGUGUUACCAGUGA